UCAAACGGCGGGCAGGGCUAGUGGGCGGGGCGCUGGGUGAACCUGCAGGAGUCGCGCAUCCCCAGAGAGCGCAGCAUCAGUACCACAAGCCAGAGGAGACCGCCGUGAGACGCCCCUCAGCUCUGCUAGCCGGUGGGAACCACAGCCGGAGCUUUGCCAAUGGUAGUGCCGGCCCCGGCCUCUCCCCGUCGAGAGCGGAUUGCAGGAAGCCUUUGAGGACAUUUUAAGGAGUAAAAUCCUAACAAGAGGAUAAAAAUCUGCAGUUCACCAGGAUGGCAGGAGCCUCAGUAAAAGUGGCAGUGCGGGUGCGUCCUUUCAAUUCCCGAGAAAUGAGCAAGGAUUCCAAAUGCAUCAUACAAAUGACAGGAAACACCACAACUAUCAUUAAUCCAAAGCAGCCCAAAGAGACACCCAAAAGUUUCAGCUUUGACUAUUCCUACUGGUCUCACACAACUCCUGAAGACAUAAACUAUGCUUCACAAAAACAAGUAUACCUGGACAUUGGAGAGGAGAUGCUGCAGCAUGCUUUUGAAGGUUAUAAUGUCUGCAUUUUUGCCUAUGGCCAGACUGGGGCUGGCAAGUCAUAUACAAUGAUGGGUAAACAAGAGAAGGACCAACAAGGCAUAAUUCCCCAGCUGUGCGAGGAUCUCUUCUCUCGAAUCAAUGACACAACAAAUGACAAUAUGUCCUACUCAGUGGAGGUGAGUUACAUGGAAAUAUACUGUGAACGUGUACGUGACCUCCUCAAUCCCAAGAACAAAGGAAACCUGAGGGUCAGAGAGCACCCACUCCUUGGACCAUAUGUUGAAGAUCUCUCAAAACUAGCUGUUACUUCAUAUAAUGACAUUCAGGAUUUAAUGGACUCUGGGAACAAAGCAAGGACAGUAGCAGCCACUAAUAUGAAUGAAACCAGCAGCCGCUCGCAUGCGGUUUUCAAUAUUAUCUUCACCCAGAAGAGACACGAUGCAGAGACAGACAUCACCACUGAGAAGGUCAGCAAAAUCAGCUUGGUGGAUCUUGCAGGAAGUGAACGGGCUGACUCCACAGGCGCAAAAGGCACCAGACUUAAGGAAGGAGCAAAUAUCAAUAAAUCACUAACAACCUUAGGAAAAGUGAUCUCUGCUCUAGCUGAGAUGGAUUCAGGACCAAAUAAGAAUAAGAAGAAAAAAAAGUCAGACUUUAUUCCAUAUCGAGACUCAGUACUUACUUGGCUGCUCCGAGAAAAUCUAGGUGGUAAUUCCCGGACUGCUAUGGUUGCUGCUCUCAGCCCUGCUGAUAUUAAUUACGAUGAGACUCUCAGUACCUUAAGAUAUGCAGAUCGUGCUAAGCAAAUCAGAUGCAAUGCUGUCAUUAAUGAGGAUCCCAACAACAAGCUGAUCAGAGAACUUAAAGAUGAAGUGGCUCGCCUCAGAGACCUGUUGUAUUCCCAAGGCCUGGGAGAUAUCAUAGAUACUAAUCCUGUUCCAGGAGGACCUAAAUACAUGUCCGACUUUGAGAACAAUAAUGAUAAUCGUAGAGUGGCAGAUAUGAGUCAACGGAAUGACAAUCUCUCCACAGUGACCAAUGCCUUGGUAGGAAUGAGCCCAUCCUCCUCACUCUCCGCUUUGUCCAGUCGAGCUGCCUCAGUCAAUAGUCUACAUGAGCGCAUCAUGUUUGCUCCGGGUAGUGAAGAAGCCAUUGAAAGACUCAAGGAGACGGAGAAAAUAAUUGCAGAGCUGAAUGAAACAUGGGAAGAAAAACUGCGUAGAACAGAAGCAAUUCGUAUGGAGAGAGAAGCUUUGCUGGCAGAAAUGGGAGUGGCUAUGAGAGAAGAUGGUGGUACCUUGGGGGUAUUUUCUCCUAAAAAGACACCACAUCUGGUCAACCUAAAUGAAGACCCCCUAAUGUCUGAGUGCCUUCUCUAUUACAUUAAAGAUGGAAUCACCAGGGUUGGUCGAGAAGAUGGUGAGAGGAGACAGGACAUUGUACUUAGUGGCCACUUCAUCAAAGAAGAGCACUGCAUAUUCCGAAGUGACACUAAAUCUGGCAGUGAAGCUAUUGUGACCCUGGAACCUUGUGAGGGUGCAGAUACUUAUGUCAAUGGAAAGAAAGUAACAGAACCCAGCAUCUUAAGAUCAGGAAAUCGCAUCAUCAUGGGGAAAAGCCAUGUAUUUCGAUUUAAUCAUCCAGAGCAGGCACGGCAAGAGAGGGAACGAACGCCUUGUGCUGAAACUCCUGCUGAACCAGUGGACUGGGCUUUUGCCCAGAGGGAAUUGCUAGAGAAACAAGGCAUUGAUAUGAAGCAGGAAAUGGAACAGAGGCUUCAGGAACUGGAAGAUCAAUACCGAAAGGAAAGAGAAGAGGCUAAUUACCUUCUGGAACAACAAAGACUUGAUUACGAGAGUAAAUUAGAGGCUUUACAAAAGCAAAUGGACUCAAGAUACUACACUGAAGCUAAUGAGGAAGAGGAGGAGCCUGAGGAUGAAGUUCAGUGGACAGAGCGAGAGUUUGAGUUGGCACUCUGGGCCUUUAGGAAGUGGAAAUGGUAUCAGUUUACAUCUCUUCGAGACCUGCUGUGGGGCAAUGCUAUUUUCUUGAAGGAGGCCAAUGCGAUCAGUGUGGAACUGAAGAAAAAGGUUCAGUUUCAGUUUGUCCUCCUCACAGACACCCUAUACUCACCUCUGCCUCCAGACCUACUUCCUCCAGAUGCUGCCAAAGACCGGGAGAAACGUCCUUUCCCAAGGACCAUUGUGGCAGUAGAAGUGCAGGACCAGAAAAAUGGAGCAACCCAUUAUUGGACUCUGGAGAAACUCAGGCAGAGGUUGGACUUGAUGCGGGAGAUGUAUGAUCGGGCAGCUGAAGUACCCUCUAGUGUUAUAGAAGACUGUGAUAAUGUGGUGACAGGCGGAGACCCCUUUUAUGAUCGCUUUCCUUGGUUCAGGCUGGUUGGCAGCUCUCCUAUUUUCAACACAUGCAUGAGCGAGCGCAUGGCUGAUCUCACCCCCUCCCCCACCUUCUCGAACCCCGACUCCGACAUCACCGAGCCUGCUGACGAGCAGCACGUGGGGAAGGAGGAGGAGGAGGAGGACCUGGAGGAAGACAUCUUUCCGGAGUACCCGCUGUAUGAUGGCCAGGAUCCAUUUUACGACCGCUCCCCCCUGUUCAGUUUAGUAGGAAGAGCAUUUGUGUAUCUCAGCAACUUGCUAUACCCUGUACCUUUGGUCCAUCGUGUUGCCAUUGUCAGCGAGAAGGGGGAAGUUAAAGGAUUCCUGCGGGUAGCAGUUCAGGCUAUUUCAGCUGAUGAAGAAGCACCAGAUUAUGGCUCAGGAGUGCGGCAGUCAGGAACAGCUAAAAUUUCCUUUGAUGAUCAGCACUUUGAGAAGUUUCAGUCUGAAUCCUGUCCUGCAGUGGGAAUGUCUCGCUCUGGAACAUCACAAGAGGAGCUGCGCAUAGUAGAAGGACAGGGACAAAUUACUGAUAUAGGGCCAUCAGCAGAUGAAGUCAACAACAACACUUGUGCAGCCACUCCAGAAGAUAUUCUCCUGGAGAGUUCAGAGAAAUCCACAGUUGAUGGACCUUUUGAGACAGCUUUGGAGCACUUGAAAUUGGGCAGCAUUUUCACUUUCAGAGUUACUGUUCUACAGGCCUCCAGCAUCUCAGCAGAAUAUGCGGACAUCUUCUGCCAAUUUAAUUUUAUUCACCGCCAUGAUGAAGCCUUCUCUACUGAGCCCUUGAAGAACACUGGUCGAGGCCCACCUCUUGGCUUUUAUCAUGUUCAGAAUAUUGCAGUUGAGGUCACUAAAUCCUUUAUUGAAUACAUUAAAAGCCAGCCAAUUGUCUUUGAGGUGUUUGGCCACUAUCAGCAGUAUCCUUUCCCCCCUCUCUGCAAGGAUGUACUCAGCCCCCUAAGACCAUCUCGCCGCCAUUUUCCUCGCGUCAUGCCAUUAUCAAAACCAGUGCCUGCAACAAAAUUGAGUGCCAUGACAAGACCCAGCAUUGGCCCAUGUCAAUGCAAGUAUGAUCUCAUGGUCUUCUUUGAGAUCUGUGAGCUGGAAGCUAAUGGCGACUAUAUCCCAGCUGUUGUGGAUCAUCGUGGAGGAAUGCCUUGCCAUGGGACUUUCCUAUUGCAUCAGGGUAUCCAGAGGAGGAUUACAGUCACCUUGGUGCAUGAGACAGGGAGCCACAUCCGCUGGAAGGAAGUCAGGGAGCUGGUUGUGGGUCGAAUCCGGAACACUCCAGAAGGAGAUGAGUCUCUCAUUGACCCCAAUAUCCUCUCUUUGAACAUCCUCUCUUCAGGAUACAUCCGGCCCUCUCAGGAUGAUCGGCAGUUUCUUGAUUCGGAUAUGCCUAGGACUUUUUACCAGUUUGAAGCUGCGUGGGAUAGCUCCAUGCAUAACUCUUUGCUCCUGAAUCGUGUUACCCCUUACAGAGAAAAAAUCUACAUAACCCUCUCUGCUUAUAUUGAGAUGGAGAACUGCACCCAACCUGCUGUCAUCACCAAAGAUUUUUGUAUGGUCUUUUACUCCAGAGAUGCCAAACUCCCUGCUUCUCGAUCAAUCCGCAAUCUUUUUGGAAGUGGAAGCCUUCGAGCUUCAGAAAGUAACCGUGUGACUGGGGUCUAUGAGCUCAGCCUCUGCCGAGUUGCUGAUGCUGGCAGCCCAGGUAUGCAAAGGAGACGAAGGCGUGUGCUGGACACCUCUGUGGCCUACGUACGAGGAGAAGAGAAUUUAGCUGGGUGGCGACCCCGUAGUGAUAGUCUCAUCUUGGAUCAUCAGUGGGAACUGGAAAAACUGAGUCUUCUACAAGAAGUUGAGAAAACAAGACAUUAUCUGCUCUUGCGUGAGAAGCUGGAGACAACUCAGCGCUUAGGUCUGGAUUCCUUGUCCUCAAGCGCCAGUGAAGAUUCUGAUUCCCGUAGCACAUCUUAUGUCUCAUCUCCAAUCUCUGCAGAUGGUACCCCAGAAGGGAGGCCUUUACCUCUUGAUAUUCCUAGUGAGAGACAGAAAGAACUUGCAGUCAAGUGCUUGCGCCUUCUUACACACACUUUUAACAGAGAGUACAGCCAUAGCCAUGUGUGUGUCAGUGCAAGUGAGAGCAAGCUAUCUGAAAUGUCAGUGACUCUGCUGAGAGACCCAUCCAUGUCAGGCCUUGGUAGUGCAACUUUGACCCCCUCCUCAACCUGUCCAUCCCUGAUCGAAGGCCAUUAUAGUGCUACAGAAGUCAGAGCUCUCCAGCUCCCUUCCAGAGUAGAAAGUCCUGAAAUUGAGCUCACCAUCGAAGGAGAGAAGAAGAAAUCCCCUGUUUGCGGGCCUGAGGAUGAUAAGGAAAUCCAGCGCCUAUUGGUUCCUGAUAUUCAAGAGAUUCGGGUCAGCCCUAUUGUCUCCAGAAAAGGCUACCUACACUUUCUGGAACCCCAUACAAAUGGGUGGGUGAAGCGUUAUGUGGUUGUGAGGCGCCCCUAUGUCUACAUCUACAACAACGACAAAGAUUCUGUGGAGAGAGCAGUCCUCAAUCUCUCAUCAGCUCAGGUGGAAUACAGUGAAGACCAGCAGGCAAUGCUAAAAACCCCUAACACUUUUGCAGUGUGCACUGAACAUCGUGGAAUUCUGCUACAAGCAAGCAAUGAUAAGGACAUGCAUGAUUGGCUGUAUGCAUUUAACCCUCUCCUGGCUGGAUCAAUAAGAUCCAAAUUAUCAAGACGAACAACAACCCAGGCAAGAAUUUAACUUAAUAGAGCUGCCCACCUCAAAAAAUCCAGAAAAGUGAAAUAAUGGGUGCUGUUGGAAGAUCCCCAUCUGAAAAUUGGAAUUUUCCUGUCAUUCAUCUCCUCAGAUGCCUGUGCCACAGAAUGAUCCAUCAUGAGUUACAGCUUCAUUGGGCAAACUCAUUUCCCUUGUGUAAUUUUAAAAGGGUAGUAUUCCCUGGAAUUCUUGCACAUAUGUGAUCUUCCACUCUUCUCUUUAUUGGGUGGCUUAUGACUACUAACAAAGCAAGAGCUUUUUUCUUUCCUUCUGUUUUUUUUUAUUCCUAAAUAAAUUGUUCAAUUUAAAGAGAUAGGAAUUUGCAAGAGUGAACAUUAAUGCUAUUUAAAGAGAUAAGUGAUAGAAUUAUGUGCUGCUAAUUCAUUACUUACUGCUGACCUUUUACAAAUUACUUGAUAGAGAAAGAGUAGUAUGAGAUUAUAUUUAUAAAGUAUUUAUUUCUAUUUACUUCACUGAAAAUAAUAUGCAUUCUGUUAAUCAUGUGUUUUGGGGUCUCCCCUAAUUUAUGCAUAUUCCUGAUGCUGGACUGCAUUUUUGGUAAAGGAAGAGAUAUCCAAAGGAGCCAGGGAAGUGAUGCAAGAAGAAUCCAUCUCUGUUUUAUGUGGCUAUCUUUUUUUUCUUUUCAAGCUGCAUUUAUUGUCUGGACAUUCCUUUCCAGUGUGUUUCAUUAACAACAUUCUCCCCGUCCUUAACCGCUCCCCUCCACUAACACGCAGGUUUUGUUUUUUAAAUGCUUUGACUGAAAGCAAAGGAAUAGCAACAGAAAAUAGGGGAAGCAGGGGUUUCUCCCCUUUAUCUGCUUUUUUUCUUGUUGGAUGGCUUACAUUUUUCCAUUGGAUAAAAUGAAGUUGUAAAUACAUACAAGAGCAUAAGCAGUGACUCGCUGGAUUGGACCGCUGGCCAAUCUAGUCCAGCAGCUUGUUCUCACAGUGGCCAACCAACUGCACAAGGAACCCCACUAGUCUCUCAGCAGAUGGCCUUCAGAGGCAGUCACCCUGCUAUAAAGGCUAAUAGCCACCAAUCCCCACUAUUUCUAUGAAUUGGUCCAACCCUUUUUUGAAGCCAGUCAAGCUGGUAGCCAGUACCACAUAUUCCAAGCAGAAUAAUUUGUGAAGGAAAAGUUUAAGCAGGUCCCCUUCCCAAGUAUUCUUUUGCUCCAAGAAUAUUGCUUUUCAUUAAUUAAAAAAGAGCCCAUGAAGAGGGAAGUAUAGCAAGCGCUGGCCUUGUCUUAAUAAGGAUGAACAGCUGGCACUAAACAUGUGCUGUUCCUAAAAAGAAAAUGCUGGUGGGAGAGCUGCUUAAUCCUUUCCUUGUUGCCAAAUAUUAUUCAUGGCAUGGAAGAGUUUUUCUCUACCCUAUUGCCCUUUCAGUGAGUUUGGGCUGUAGUUCCCAGAUUUCCCUGUCAACAUGGUUAUAGUAGCUCUACAUGUGUGGAAGAUACCAGAUGAAAGAAAGCUAGCAGGACUGGGAGAAGUUGGAAUGCUUCUCAUUAGCGAUGUCAUAGAUAAUAUUUAAUUAUGGUGUAAUAUAGCCAUUUGAAAGACUAUGGCUGCACUCUUUGAGAAGGAGGUGAUAUACAGAAGGUGAUAUACACAGUGCAAACUCAAGAGAUGGUAUCUAGUCUUCCCACAGCAAAGAAAGAACUACUAUUUGUUGGUUGCACUUAAAACUGAUUGUCUGAAAAAGAUUGUUUUCUUUUCUGAGAAAAGUAGAUUUAGAGAAUUCAGUGGGAAUAUAGCAAAGAUGAAUGGUAUCUUUAUGCCUUUCUGUCACUAUAGGAAGUGAAGCUGUUAAAAAUCUCCUUCAAAAUAUACUUGUUAUAUCACUGUUUUUUUUUCUUUUUCAAGUGUUAGAAUUCCAAGUGGAAUGGACCAAUUGGAAAAUGAAGCUGACCAAAGCACAGACACUGAAAAAUAAAUAAAUCCCUAGCACUAAGUAGUUGAGGAAGAUAUUUUCAUUUUUAUUAAAUUUUUAGAGUAAUCUUAAAAGCAAAAGUGCUUUAUCUCAGAGUUCUUGUUUUUGGUGAUUUUUUUUUUUAAUAAAAUGGGUAUCUAUGUAAGCCAACCUUUGGCAAGCCUCUGAAGAUGCCCAGCCCUUCUAAUGUAUGUUCUUAGGAAUGUGGCAUAUUUCACUAAUAGUGAAUCUUGAUUUGCACAGCAUGGAUACACUUUGGUUUCAUUGUCUCCCACUUUUUUGUUGCAUCCAUUGGUCCUCUGUGUGAUGCCCAGAUGAAAGUUUGUUUAAGGAUAUAGUUUGAAUUUCAUGUGCAUGUGAUGUGAGAUGUGUGAAUAUAAAGGCAAGAAUGUCACAAUCCCUUCAGCAUAGAUUCAGUGGAUUGGCAAAAGUGUCCCAGAGGUACAAAAAUACAUGUUUCAGCAGGAAUAACUCCAGAAUCCUUUUAUGAUGUUGUCUCUGGCUGGAAGAUACUUGCUGGGUUCACAGAUUAUCAAGCCAAUUGCUUCUUGUUUAGCUUACAUUGUUGUAUGAAUCCAGAAAAUGUGGAUCAUUGAUGUUUUAUGAUUUGGUGUGUUGUAUAAAUUAGUUAACUGUGAUUUAUUCUGUAAACCAUGACUUAAUGGUGUUUGAACACAGCCACUAUAUAAUUGUGAGAUUUUCUACAUAUUUCCUUCUGAUUAACUCUCUUUAAGAUAGCAUUUCUUUCUUUCAAGAAACUCCAUUCUUAAACAUCUAUAGCAGUGGUCCCCAACCCCCGGUCCGCAGACCGGUGCCGGGCCGUGGAGUACCUGGCACCGGGCCGCGCAGCGGCCGGGGGACAUGAACGCUGCAGCGCAAAGGCUCCUGGGCCGUGCGCAAAAGCUCCUGGGCCGUGCCCCCACCCCUGCGCGCGCUCAGCGGGCCGCGGCGAUAAAAAGGUUGGGGACCACUGAUCUAUAGGACAAAGCCUAGUAGAUCCAAUCUCUUACUGAUCUGGAGCCAAAAUUGAGAAUCAUGGACCCCUCGACAUUACUGAACUGCAGUUACCAGCUGCUGCCUGAAGCAUAGAUAAUGAUGAAAGAUGCUGGAAGCUGUAGUUCAGCAAAUCUAUGAGGAAUCCAGGUUUCCAUUCUUUUACCUAAUGUAAACACUUGUCUUGCUCAAGAAUUAUUCUUAGCACUAGUUCUUAAUUCUGAUCAGUUAAACACUUAUUAAGUUGGGACAACUGUUUGGGCAGAAUGUGUUACCCUAAUUUAAAUGCACAAGAAAGGUAUUUUCACUGCCCAUUCAGUGAGAAUAUUUAAGAUUGUCAAUUGACACUUUUGAGAUUGACACUUGAGAGAUUGACACUUUUAUUUACUUUAAUCUUCAUUAUUUAAUCUUUGUGUUUGCAAAAUAGCAAAGAAUUAUAAUCAUGACUUUAAAAAACAGCCUUGAUAGGCAGUUUUAUUCAUUUCAGCUUUCCAGCCUGAAGCUGCUUCCAGACAAUGUGUUUACAGUAAAAUUGUGUAUGUCUUGUUCAUUCACAUUUAAUGAGGAAUUAACACCACAAAGUCAUCCUCCAAUAACCCUUGCUUUUCGAGUGGUGGUCCUCCCUUUUUUUAGGGAAAGGAAUAAAUAAGCAGUAAUUCUAUUUGAAGCUGUGCUGGCUGGGAAAACUAUCUAAAUUAGGACAGUUAGGAAGAUUUGUCACUGAGGUAGGAGAUUGGCAUUUGGGAAUGCCUUUCAUUUUUGUAUUCCUUGCCAUGAAUUUCUCACUGCAAGACCAAUUCAUUUUUUACAGUGCAGUUCCUUUUCUCAAAAUGGUUUGUCGUUUAACCCUUGUCAUUCAUUUAGUUAUUCUUUAAAAAAAACCAAGGCAGAUUAAUGCAUGUUUGAUUUAAAAUAGUUUCCAAUGUUUUCCUUUACACAGAUACAUUAUCAGCAACUGUUUUGGGUAGCACCAUAUAAGUCAAGGACUAGCAUUGUAAUGCUUGUGGGCACCAGAAGACAUGACCUUUGUAUCAUCCAGAAUACUUCAAAAUUAAAUGUUUUUCUUUUUUAAAAACUAAAAUGACUGAAAACAUACUAUGAAGUUUGGGGUAAAUGUGCCAAAAUUUGGUGAACAAAUUAACCUUCUGCUAUUAGAUUUGAAGAAUUUUUAAUUUGGUAUCCAUGCCAAGUAUCACCUAACAUUCUCUAAGCUACAGAUUGGUACAAAUUAAACUAAUUAUUUAAUUAGACCAAAUAAAACCUAAUUCAUAAACAGCAAAUGAGCUCUGUUGAAAUUUAGGUUUCCUAAGAUCUCUAGCUGCUGGAAGCCAACUCGAGGAAAACAUCUGAAUUUGGGCAUACAUCCUCUGAGAAACAACCACACUUAGUACAACCUGCAAAUGAUUUCUAGUUAGCAAGUUCGACAAUGUCCAAUGUGGCUUUGUCCUGGGUAAGUGUGCAAAAGACUGCAGGCUUAGUCAUUUUAAAGUAAUGCACUCUUUUAAAUAAAGGAGAAACUUACAGAAGUUAGGAAAGUUUGUUCUUUUUGAGCAUAUAUUCUUUAUCAAAAUUUCCCUGUGGCACCCUCUGUGAAUACUAUAUUGCACUAUAGAGCCGAUAUUAUUCCCAUCCAGCACAAUUCAUGAGAUGCAAAAAUCAAAAGGAUCAGAAUAUCUUUAUUACUGAGACAAAAUCAGAUAUCUGAAGUCUUUUAGUUCCUUGUACAAAUCAGAAAUUGUCAGAUAUUUCAUUAUAACAACAAUGAAUGAAGUAGUUAGGUUCUUGCUUGUAUAUAUUUAGCUCUCCAAAUUAAGCAGUCAAUAAAUAUGUACUAUCAACUGCACUGGAACUGAAAAAGAAAAAAUGCUCGAGUGGAUUGUGGACAGAUUAAUAGUAGAGCAUGCCUUAGGUCAGCCAACCUGAAGAGCAUGUCCUUCUAUGGUGUGAUGGUGGGUCAAAGCUUGAUCUCAUGCUUUAUUUCAUGUUUCUUGGGCCAGCAAACCUACAAAGAACAUGAGAGUUUUGAGUUAAGAGAUGACCCAAAGCCCUUAGAUCAGCAGAAAUAUUUUGAUCAGAAUGUAAAAAUCGAUAAAAAUGACUUGGUGAAUUCUGAUCUCAGCAAAUUGACUGUAACUUAUCAUAUAUCAAGCAAGAUGCAGCUUUCUGCUAGAGUGAAUAUCCUCAAAUGAUUGUUAUUUAUAACAGGGUAGUGAAGCCCCAAUCACGAGCACAUCAUUCUUCUUGGCCUCUGUAUUACUGAGGGUGCUGCUUCAUUCAUUGCUGAAAAAAAAUUAAGCUGCUAAGAAAUACUAUCCAGACUUCAACUGAAAUAGAUGAAUCUCUGUUGACUUAUUCUUUUGACUUUGUUUGAAUGUAAAUUUUUAAAAUGUUUUUGCAAAGUACUUAGUUCCAGUAAUAGCAAGGACUUGGUUGAAAAGAAAAUUAUUAUUUUCCCCGCUACUAUGUUAAUAUUUUGGGAGUCUUAUCAAUAGGAAACUUCUUAACAUGAAAUGCAACAGGGUAAAUUUUCAACUCUGCUUUCUCAUAGUCCCACAUCUUACGUAGCAAUCUCAAGAGGGAAAUUAGUUAGUAUAACAUGAUGUAAUAGAACAACACUAUGGUAUUGUACUAACUCACACAUUUCCAUAAAAUAUACACAUUAGAGGUUGAUGUUUAUUUACUGGGUGGCACAGUUUUCUGUUUCUUCAGCUGCACACACUAAAUUAAGGGAGACAUUUAUCCCAUACAGAAGUUCUUUUUAUCACCUUCCAGUAGAUUAAUCUAGCAUGAGAGACUUGAAUAUUAUCAUAAAGCAACAGAAAUGAAAGGAACAUAAUUAGCCAAGAAUAACAAAUACCGUAAGGAAAUUGCAUACCUCUGGUAACCUGCAGCUAUAACACAAGACAUUUAACUGUUUAAUAUGCUAUUACUGUCUCUUUUUCUGUCGUGUAUUCAAUUGCAUAUACAGUACGGAGGAUUUCUAACAUUCAUAAGCUGAGAUACAGUAUCAAGAUCUUUCUGUAUAAGAGGUUAUAGUUAUUUUAAUUUUUCUUAUUUUGCCUGUGCUUCCAUUAUCUAGUUUGUCUACAUGAGUUCUUCCUGUGAUGCCAUCUCCAAAUGCUGGGAGACUAUUUCUCUUGCUUUGUACAGUAUAUAUGUGAUUGCUGUGGGAACACCCUUUACCACUGUAUAAAUAACAAUACUGAAGUAAUGAGUCUAGUUUUCUUGAUGUCUUAAAUUUAUGAGUGUUGGAAAUUAGGGUCUUAAACUGUUUGUGUACACUUCAGGCACUGUUCAGUUAAAGAAAUAAAUGUGGCAUUUAUGCAAAGGC